GCCGGUGUGUGUGCUGGUGUGUGUGUGUGUGUGAUCGCGGUGUGUGCUGCCCACUUUCUCGUGGUCGUUUUUGUCUUCUUCUGCCCGUUCUUCUUCAUCGUCAGCCCUUCUUCUUCUUCUUCUUCGUGGAACCGGCGUGCACAGGCUUCACCAUGAAGACCGCGCUCGUGCUGUUUUUCGCGGCGGCCACUUGUUCCGCCGCGCGUGACCGCGGCGAAGACGAGGUCCUCUUCAAGUCAUGGAUGUCGCAACACAACAAAGUGUACGAGCCGGAGGAGUAUCGCCGAAGACUCCAGAUAUUCGCGGAGAACAAGAGGAGAGUUGACAGACACAACGAGGGGAAUCACACGUUCACGAUGGGGCUGAAUCAGUUCUCUGACAUGACUUUCAGCGAAUUCAAAAGAACGUCGCUCCUCAACGAGCCGCAGAACUGUUCUGCUACAAAAGGGAACCAUGUCAGCAGCAACGGGCCAUACCCAGACUCCAUCGACUGGAGAGAGAAAGGACAUUUUGUGACAGACGUGAAGAAUCAGGGACCUUGCGGUAGUUGCUGGACAUUUUCCACCACUGGCUGUCUGGAGUCUGUUACUGCCAUCGCCACCGGGAAACUCCCACAGCUGUCGGAGCAACAGCUGGUGGACUGUGCACAGGCCUUCAACAAUCACGGCUGCAAAGGUGGUCUUCCCAGUCAAGGAUUUGAGUACAUCAAGUACAAUAAGGGGCUUAUGACGGAGGACGAUUACCCAUACACGGCUAUGGACGGCGCUUGCAAGUAUAAACCCGAAUUAGCGGCUGUUUUUGUGAAGGAAGUGGUCAACAUAACGGCGUACGAUGAAAUGGGCAUGGUGGACGCCGUCGCCAGGCGGAAUCCCGUCAGCUUUGGCUACGAGGUGACCUCUGAUUUCAUGCAUUACCGUCAGGGUGUGUACACCAGCACCACGUGUCACAACACCACUGACAAAGUGAACCACGCUGUACUGGCUGUGGGGUAUGGGGAGGAGAACAACAGGCCUUACUGGAUAGUGAAGAACUCGUGGGGAACCGGCUGGGGAAUGAAGGGAUAUUUCUUCAUCGAACGUGGGAAAAACAUGUGUGGGCUAGCCGCCUGCUCGUCUUUUCCCGUGGUGUGAACUCCUGGAAGUAACCGGCUACGAACGGGGCUGAAAACGGAGCAGGAUUCACGAUUAUUCUUUUUUUUGGGUCCUUUUUUUUUUUUUUAAGUUUAUCAAAAUUUGUAACCGUUUAUGAUGUGAUUUUACUGCAAUUGGACACGUGCCGUGUGCCGCUGUAGAAUUCGCCGCUGCAAACUUUUCGAGUCGUCGCUCCCAGUGGACCGGUGUGACCAGAGAGGUUUCAGCCUAUUAGCAGUUGUAUCGCUCAGGUUUCCUGUAUUAAAAUUCCUGAGAUUUGUAUAUCAGUGAAAUGUCACCUAGGAAGAAGUGAUCAUUCAAAUGGUUGAUGUUGCACUUAUAUAGUCUUUUUUUUUUUUUUUUUGCACCAGCUUUUCUAAAGUCCUUUAUGCAAUCAAAUUUUCUUUUCUUUUGUGUGUGUGUGUGUGUGUGUGUGUG